CACGAAAUUUUCUUAGUAGCAUGUAUGACACGGUAGAAGUUCUUACAGAGCAUGCGCUAGAAAGGAAUAGCUUCAAACAGAAACGAACUCAGGUGGGAUCAGUUUUCGAUACGUCGCUGUGAGGAAAGCCGACGCAUGGAUGUGAAUCGAGUUUCGUACGUGGAUUACAUUUGUGGCUGGAAUCGUUAUACUAUGAAGAUAUUGGGGAUCUGGCCGAAAGAAAGAAAAAUCAAUGAAACGUCGAGUUACUUGGUCCUUCUACCGCUUAGCAUGAUGUUACUAAUCAUCAAUAUACCGCAAACGAUAGAUCUCUACAACGUAUGGGGUGAUAUCGACUUGAUCGUCGAAAACUUGUCUCUGGGAAAUGUAACUGUCUUAAUAGCGGUCUUGAAGACGGCUAUCUUUUGGUUCAGUGGAGAAUCUAUUAGUGUUCUACUGUCUGAUAUGGAAGAGGAUCGACAAGAAACGAAUACCGAGGAAGAAGCGAAAAGAAUGAUGAGGAUCGCGAAAAUUUGUAGAAGGAUAUCCAUUGGAUGUACUUUAACCUAUUACGUAAUAAUUAUUCUUUUCGUCAUUCUGCAUCUUCUAUUAAUUCGUUACAUCGGUCGUAUUCUCAUAAUACGAUCGUAUUUCCCGUACAACGUACAAUCCGCACCGAACUACGAACUAACAAUUUUCGCUCAAACAUUGGCUGCGUGGUGCGUAGGCGGAGUUUACACGUCGGUGGACACUUUUGUCGCUACUUUGGUGUUCCAUGUAUGCGGACAACUUCAAAAUUUGAAACAACGUUUGCGCGAUUUGCGUUGUGAAAAAGAUAAUGAGGAAUUUUACGUUAAAAUUGCUCAAAUCGUUAAGAAGCACGAUUCACUGAACAGAUUCGUCAACACGAUAGAAAAUAAUUUCAACGAAAUGUUACUCUUGCAAAUGGUCGGUUGCACCGUGCAACUUUGCGUUACGUGUUUCCUAGCGCUUUUGGCUCUUGGAGAAAAUAAUGGUAUAAUAUUAGUUCAAAUAACGUUCUUCGCAUUUUACAUAGCAUAUAUUUUGCUUCAAAUCUAUUUGUAUUGUUACAUCGGCGAGGAACUUAUUUCAGAGAGCAUAGGAAUUAUGGACGCUGCGUACGAAUGUAAAUGGUACCAUUUAUCACCUAACGAAGCUAGAUUACUUAUGAUAAUAAUGAUUCGAGCAAAAGUACCACUUUCCAUAACCGCAGGAAAAUUUUGUUCGUUCAGUCAUAAACUUUUUUGCAACAGCAACAUAACCGUUAGAGUUAGAACGAGCAAGCAGCAAACGGCUUUGAAAGUAUUACCACAGAGGGAUCUGUUCAAGACGACCGUGCAAAUAAUUGAUACUUUAUCGAUCGGUCAAUGUGCCAAAGUUUCCUACGUGGAUUAUAUUUACGGAUGGAAUCGUCACAUUAUGAAGAUAUUCGGGAUCUGGCCAGAGGAAAGAAAAUACAAUCGAGCAUCGAGCUACGUGGUUCUAAUACCGCUCACCAUGAUGUUACUGUUCCUUGGGAUACCACAAACGAUAGAUCUCUAUUUCAUAUGGGGUGAUAUCGACUUGAUCGCUGAAAACUUGUCACUGGGAAACAUGACCGUCUUACUCGCGAUCUUGAAGACGAUUAUCUUUUGGUUCAGUGGAAGAUCCAUUAGUGUUCUACUGGCAAAUAUGGAAGAAGAUCGAAAAAAUGCGAAAAGCAAGGAGGAAGCAAAAAGGAUGACGAACAUUGCCAAAAUUUGCAGACACGUAUCUCUCGCGUGUAUUAUCACAAGUAAAAUACUUAUUAUUCUUUUCGUUAUUCUACAUUUUGUUCUAGUUCGUUUCGUCGGCCGUACUCUCAUAUUGCGCUCUUAUUUUCCGUACGACAUACAACCCACGCCGAUUUACGAGCUGACCGUAUUCGCUCAAACGGUGGCUGCGUACUGCACAAGCGGGACUUACACUACCGUAGAUACUUUUGUGGUUACUUUAAUAUUUCACGUGUGUGGACAAUAUGAAAAUUUGAAACAACGCCUACGUAAUUUGCCCUCUCAAAGAGAUAACAACUUCAAAGCGGAGCUCUCUCAAAUCGUUAAAAAGCACGAUUCUCUAAACAGAUUCGCCGACACGAUCGAGGAACAAUUUAACGACAUGCUACUAUUGCAAAUGCUCGGUUGUACGAUACAACUUUGCGUCACAUUCUUUCUAGUGAUAUUGUCCAUCGGAAGAAAUAACGAAAUGAUUUUAAUUCAACUGACUUUCUUUGUAAUCUUUAUAACAUACAUCUUGCUACAAAUAUAUUUAUAUUGUUAUACAGGCGAGAAACUUCUUUCCGAGAGCAAAGGAAUUACCGACGCCGUUUACGAAUGUCCGUGGUACGAUCUAUCGCCAAACGAAGCUAAAUCGCUCAUGAUAAUAAUGUUACGAGCACGAAUCCCAUUGCACAUAACGGCUGGCAAAUUUUGUCCAUUUAGUCAUAAUCUUUUUAGCAACAUUCUAAAAACAUCGAUGAGUUACUUGUCGGUACUCUACGCGACGAAUUCGUAAAUACGGAAUGAAAUGUGCAAAUGUAUUUAAAUAUAUUAUCAAACGUUCCACAUUUAGUAAUGUGAUGCAAACAACACUUUCAUUCAUCGUUGUUAGAAAAUAAUUCAUUUUAUUUUAUUAAACCGGUUAGGAUCUUUAAUAUUUAUCAAUUGCAUCAUUCUUACAUGCUGACAAAAUAAUUCCCAUUCGAUGUUUGAAUUUUAUCAAUA